AGUGCACGCCCGGCUGCCGACACGAGCGGAUGGUGUACGUUGUCGCUCGCGCCACCACCACGUUCGCCUCGUGAUUUUGCUUCCUGUCACGCUCGGCCGUCGCUCGUUGUCGUUCAAGUCGUGUGACGACGAGUCGCGCUUAGGUGCUUAGGUUCAGUCUACGAUAACAAUCGCGCCGUCUCUCUCCCCCUUUUUCUCUGUCGCUCAAUCUAAUUCUCCUGUCUCUCUUUCUCUCUCUCUGUCUGUCUUCUCUCGCGUGUUUCUCUCCGCCAGUCCUCACGCGUGAAUUGACGCUUCAAGCAACAAAGAAAGAAAGAAAGAAAAAAAUCGCAAACUAGGUGAAGGAUCUCUGUCUCCGCAUUGCGCGCUUUAGCCUCGUCGCGAGGGUGAAUGAAAUCUGGCGCGUGAUGCGCGCGCCCACGUGCAUACGCGCACACGGGACUGCCACUCGGCGCUACGAUAGUGUCGCACGUGCGCGAUACGUACUCUAAGAAAAAGAGAAAGAGAGAAUUCUGCGUUCUACACGUGGGUGCGAGCACGACCUCGUAUGCCGAUGUUCACGGACAACCCUCUGAAAAUGAGUCGCUGCAUGUGCAACCCUGGAGUUGCUGGAGCAAGCGGGACCAACCGCUGACGUCGGUUACCGUAGCAGCGCGCGUGGCGAUCAGCUGAUCGUUCGGACCGAGCGAGCGAGCGAACAAACGAGCGCGCACCCGCCCGCUCGCCCAUCCGUCUAUCCGUCCGUCGGCGGUAGUCGGCCACCAGCGGCUCCGUCCGCGCGACGUCGUUUCUCUGUUCGCGCGUCAUCGUCGUACGUCGCCGCACAUCGUCGCCCGUCGUCCAGCCGUCGUGCCACUCCGUGCCCACCCGGUGAACGUCGCGUCGUCCGUGUGUCUGUCGAGGCAGUACGGGCGCGCCGACGACGGUUAGAGGACGUUUUCCGUGCCGUUGUCUACUCACCGUCGUACAGCUGGACCGAACCGCGUGUCCAGUCAUGCCGUCGCGCUGCCGGCAGCUUGCAAUAAAUAAUAACAACGACUGCGUACCGUGUGCGAGCAAUCGCCGGCGAGUGGAGUCGUCCGCGACGAGAUGAUCCGUUUGGUGGUCAGUGGUGCCGAUCGCCGCAUCGACGUGAACGUGUAGCGUCGUGAAGUUAGCGUUGCGCGUGAACGUCGCCGCAGUAGCUGCCGUGGCGACACCGCGAGUGGAACAGUUCGCAACGGUUCCUCGCACCACGCCCCCUCCCCAGUGCGAGAAGAACGGCCGUGCAUCGACCUGGGAACAGCACCGACGACGACGACGUCGCGCGAAUGUCGCCGGCGACAACGCGAUCGGACACCGCGGAUCGGCUUACACCCGUCGGAUAGAGUGAUAUUCGGAGUGUGUUGACUAUGCAAUCAUGGCGCGCGAUUCGCCGGCAUGCAGAUCAGCGAGACAUCGAGCGGAACAUCGAUUAGCGCGUCGCACGAGGAUAGGAGCGCAUCCCGAGACGGCGUGAGACGGCGCGAAAAAACAGUUCGAACGGUUCAUCUCGCAGUGACGGCGUUUCUUUCUCGUCGUCACCUACGGAACGACACGGAAUGCAUGCCACACUCGUCUCAAUCGCCACCUGUCAGCCAUAUUACCGUUAGCAGGUCGUUUGAAAAUUUUCAAACAGUUCGCGUGAAGAUACGGAGUGAAGUUGCCGCGCAUUGCAUCGUGUCGCGUCGUGUCGCGUCGUUGAUUUUCGGCGGAGAGUUUCGCGGACCGCAGGGCAGUUCGGACAGCACAAACUUCGCCCGCGUCAGCAAUUACACGGACGUUCGCGGACUUAACGUGUCGCCGGCGUUUGACCACGAGCGGAUUUACGCACUGUUUGGCGACAAUCGUGUCUCGUUGUGCCUCGCGUGAUCCUCGGGAAUGCCUGCUCUCGGGAUUUUCGGACUCGCAUAGUGCUCGUCAUUUUUAUUCGGAGUGUGCACGCUGGCCAAUCGCGGAGUAGUGGCAAGGCUGUGAUAGGCGUCGCUCAAAUUGACCGAACAAGUUGCAACGAUUUCCGGGAAAGCCUCUUCAUAGGAAGCUUUGGUGACAGGGACCGAACGGGCCAGUAUUCAUGCCAGUAUGCCAAUCGAAUGCCGGUAAACGAGCGACAUCCGCGUCGUCAUCGAUAGCAAUUAAUAAAUUAUUUAGCUAAAUCAAUUAGUCAAUAAUUUUGCCAGCCGACGAAGAUUCGUCAGUCACGGCGGUCUAUACAGUGACUGGAAAACGCAAACGCGUGGAGUUCUCCACGCACCCGCGUAGCAAUAAGGAUCGCGUAUCGCGAAUAAACACGUCCGCUCUUAUCGCGUUUUUCUCGACAAUAAUUUCCGGUGUUUUCCGCAUCGCCGAGUUCAAGCAAACAAAGGAAAAAAGGAAAGAAACAGGAGAAAUCCGGUGAACGUGAUCGACUGUGCAAUCGUGGUGAAGUGUGAUCGACUGUUUUAUCCCCCGCGACUGUUGAGUGCGACGAAGAGAGGGACAGUCUGCGACGCAGAAGUGUGGAAGCGGACACCACCCCGGCGAUCAUCACGGUGGCUGGAAACGCUGACUUACAUCGGGAGCGCCAACCUGCAAUCAAGGUUCAUGGUUUUCAUGGAGGAGAGCGAGCUCUCGAGCAAGCGGUGGGCCAGUGCGCCUCGCCGCCCGGACAGCCCCUGCGUCCUGGGGGCACCGUCUAGGGAGGCGGCGGGCCCGCCGGUGCAGCUGGAACCUGUGGACCUGUCCGUGAAAACUCCCGUGGUGUUGCAGGUGCCACGGUACAGUCCGGCGGCGAUAAUUACCGCUGCUGCAAGAAGAGUACCGUCGCCUUCGACGACGCCCACGCCGCCGCCGCCGCUUUGCGUAUCUACCGUGUCACCAUCGUUGCCACCGUUAGGCGAAACAGCGUGGGACAGGGAUCACGAUCGCGAUCGAAGCCGCGAGAGAAACCGGGAGCGCGAGAGGGAGAGGGCGCGGGAGAGGAGCGGCGAGAACGAGAGGGAACGUCACCAGGAACGAGAGCCCGCGAUCAGAGAAAGGGAGGCGCGGGAUCGAGAAAGGGAACGCGAUCGUGAUAGAGACCGGCAAAGGGACAGGGAGAGGGAUCGAGAGAGAGAUGUGUCGGUCUGCGUGAUGGAGCCACCCGAUCCCGUCUUCGUUUCCUCUUCCGCGGCCCUUCUCGCGUUGCAGAGGAUAAAGGAGGCUUCUUUCGUGUUCCAAAAGCGACCGGGUUUGGCGACGGGCAUCGGAUUGGGCGGUAGAGGAAAUGCCGGCGUUGGCGGAAACGGCGGUAAUUUAGGCGUUGACAGUGAAUGCGGCGAUGCGUUAAAAAGACGCAAAGUUCACAGAUGUGAUGUCGCCGGUUGCGACAAGGUAUACACGAAGAGCUCGCAUCUCAAGGCGCACAAGAGAACCCAUACCGGCGAGAAGCCGUAUCAGUGCACGUGGGAAGGCUGCACGUGGAAAUUCGCACGAUCAGACGAGCUGACGCGGCACUUUCGCAAGCACACGGGCCAAAAGCCGUUCAAGUGCCAUCUCUGUCAGCGAUCGUUUUCGCGGAGCGACCAUUUGUCGCUCCACAUGAAGAGGCACUGAUGAAGAGGGCCGUCCACAGCGGCACGGCGUGACAGAAAGCGCACGUCGAUUUCGCGACGGGUGGAGAACAGCGAAAGGACGGUCCUCGACAAUCGGCUAGUGAUCUCGGGGGUGAUCCUUAGGCGAGAAAUGACGGCGAUAUUUUUACAUUUGGGACCUGAAGAGCUGCGCCCCGCGAGUACCGUCACCGUUCCGGAUCUCAAAGAACGGAUCGGUCGAUCGGGCGGCCAGCAAUUAGAAAGAGAAAAAAUAAUUCGAUGAAAUAAACGAAUCGUUCAUUAGAUUUAGCAAUAAAUCGCGAACCAAGUAAUCGCGACACCGAUUAACUUCGGUACGGACGGUGCCCUCUCGGUCUGCUGUCUCUCGUGAACAUGCGAUUAUCUCCCCGGAAGGUAAUUGCAGCCACAAUGAUCGGAUCCGUGCUGGAAGCGAGGACAAUCGUUCUGACGAUUGUCGGGUCCUAAGGAAGGUGCGUUCGUUACUGUACGAGUUUUGGCAGAGGAACGAUCCGACUUGCGAUUUAAUCGCCGCACAUUCGGCACGACGAGACGUAUCACGAUCUGUUACACGUGUCCGUUCUCUUCUGUUUCUAGCCAAUUUUUACUUGUUCGAUUUUCCAGUUUGUUUUCUUCUUUUUUUUUUACAUGUACGUUUAAAUAAGGCCAGCUCAACUAGUCUAGAGCACUAUAUAUCGUAUACAUUACGAGGAAUAGAGCCAGUAAAUGUUAAUUGAUUAAGGUAAUUAAGUGACUAGGGUGUAAACUAAAGAAUAUAUCGAACUCCGGUGACGGAGCUUGGGACUUAGCACAUGCUCAGUUAAAUAAACUACAAUCGUGAUCGUAGACGCUACGUAAAGCAUUGAUAGAGCAAUUCUUCGAUUAUGCACAAAGAAUUUCGCGUUUAGAGACGGACAAUCAUUAACGUUUCAUUACGUGUUAAUGAAAUGGGUCGACAUCCCAAAAGCCAGUAUUAUAUAUACGAAUGCAUAAGAAGCAAUACUGCUAAUGGCAUUACAUAGAGAACGCUUUUUUCGAAAUUUAUUCUUAGUCUCAAAAAGAGCUUGUUUCGAUCGUAUUCGCGAGUCGCUAAAUUUUGAUUCUGCGUAAAGGUGCCAAAGUAGAAGGUGCAAUCACGUCGUUGAUAUAUUUCGUGUUUUACGAAAAAGAAAGCAUAAUCGAUUAAAUUAUUCUUUUUCAUUGCGCCUUGAGAUUUUCGAUCCUAAUCGUAUCGCGUGAAUGCAAUUCCAUGAUCACACUACUCCGCAUUUUACAUUCGCAUUCUGACGGAAAAUUUAACAGCUCAACAAGUAUUCGCAGGGCGCCUGAAAUAUCAAUGUAUGCUCAAACACCCUGCAUGACGUGUCGAAAGAACGAUAUCCUUUUCACACACACACACACACAUUUAUGUCAUCGUUCUUUGCGACUUCUUUAUUAGAAGUAAUCGUUUCAGAAUGUCUUUGACGCAUCGGAUUGGCGAUUUCGAUUUUAAUCUGAAUUACCUAACUGAGAGUAAAAUCCAGACUUUAUAAUUGAAAAGUUAAUUAAUUAAUUUUCAAUUUCUUAAAUUACGAAUUUGAUUAGCUACAAAAGAAUGGAAAAGCGCUUAUAACAUUAAUUCAUCUAAACUGCCAAUACGAGUAUUAAUAUUAUAACUCCAUAUGCUUUGCUGAUGUAGUAAAUUCGAUAUAUCGUUACAUAUUGUCUAAAAAAUUCAUGUCUCAUUGAAAAGUCGAAUUCCCGAAAAUGUCAUGUAGAUUCUAAAGUCGCCGAUCCUACGCGUCGAAUGAUCGGAACCACGAGAGGCACGAAAAUCCCAAUGCGCUCGCGCUUGGUAUCGCAAUAUAUCGUGUACAUAAUUUCUAGAAACUUUGCGAGACGCAACACCACCGCGUAGAAGGUGGUGAAUAUAGCAUUAGCCUGUUUCUUCAAGCCGUGUUUUCGAGCCGCUGAAUAAAUGCUGCGAGCAGAGUCAGUUGGGACAUCUAUAUUCGAAGUCAGUUGAAACGAUGGAACAAGAUGCCAGUAUAUGCUAGAGCCAGUUUAUAUCAUUAAAGGGGAAACCUCUGCGUGUAAGAUUAAAUGCGAGGGUUGAUAAAUUAACAUUUGUUACGUGUUGUAUUCUGAUAGGGAAUAGUGCCUUCUAAUGUUAAGGAACGGGACGCUACGUUAGGCCUUAAGUAUACUGUUAGAGUGCCUUAAGUCACGCGAAUCUUCGUGCUUGUACACCUUUCAUAAUCCGAUCCUUCGAAUUCUCGCCAGGAGGACCAAUGUUCGGCGCGCUUCAUGUGGUAUCUUCCUUGCUGAAGUUACAAAUCGGACAUCACGUUAGCUCACACGAGGCUCUGUUAAACGUGCGCGAAAUUUCAAGAUAUUUGAAGAAAGAAAAUUCAAAUAUAAUCGGAUGAUUAAGGCCGUCGUAAUUAUAUAUGAGAAAAUGCAUUACAAAAAAUCUAAUGAAAGUUUAAAUGAUGGUAUGAAAUUUUAAAUUCUAUUAUUUAAAAUUCUAUUGACACCAUGAAAGUUUUCGUCGAAGUACUGUAACGAAAGUUAAAGACGGUUGUUGCUUAUAAUUAAUAAAGAAUUCAAUAAAAAAGAAUUAAAAAAGCUCUUGGACAACAAAUAUACGAAAAUAAUAAUGUAGGCGGUGCAGAGUCUUUGCUCUCCCCUCUGCACUUCUAUCUAAACACUUUUCGAUUGGAUUUAUGAUUCGUUCAGUCAAUCGUUACGAUUGACCCUGGCUAAUCAUCCGAUAUAAUUAAAUCCCACUUUACUGCCUAUACUUAUCUAUAUUACUUAGUUUUCAAUAUGCAUCGCCACAUCUAUUUCUAUAAAAAUUUCAUUGCGUGCUUUAAAGUCUUGAAAUAACCGAGUAAUCAUUUGAGACAUAAUCCUCAGCAUAUCGCGUAAAUAAAUGUUUAUCGGUAAUAUGAGAAAUAAAUAGUAGAAUAAGGACCUAUUAUUCCUUUGCAUUAUUUAUUAUGACAAACUAUAUACAUGCUGUCAUUAUAGGAUUUUUACAGACAAACUUGACAAUAGUCACGUUUUCGCAUGUAUGGAUUACAUCUGUAUAUCAUUAUCACUAGAAGUUUUAUUCGAUAAUGAAAAAAACAUUCGAGAUACUCUUUCUUAAUCAUGCUAAUCAUUUAUCCCUGGGAUAUACUUUGGACGAAACAGCUGUUAAGAAACUGUUGAGCGCCAUACGCGUUGAAAAAUGUAUAUUGACGUCAUUAUUAACAUUUUUGUUCGUAUGUCACUAUCUCGUCUCUCCUCGUUUAUUCACAUUCGAGAUUGUUGCCUAAUGACGAAACAUUUAAAUCGUUCUCUAUAUUUACGGAAUAUCUAAAUCCCUUUUGAGAUAUCUGAUAAUAAAUAAAAAUUUUAUAUGGCUAAAUUAUCAAGGAUCUGAAUAAUUUACUCUUUGUAAUAUUUCGUGAAGAUUGCCGCUUAAUGUUAAGAUUAUAUAACACAAUCAUCAAUUUUAUAUAAUUCAAUUGUAUUUAUAUUUACAUAAUACUUACAUAUGAUAUAGCGUCCGAAUAUAAAUUUCUAACAAGCUAAAUUUAUUAUUUCUAUCUAAUCUAAAAUAUGCACUCUUGUUCGCGCGAUAGCACACAAUCGAUAAAUAAUGAAUUUGUGAUAACGACUUCAUAUCGUUUUAACGAGUAGGUUUAUCGUUUCGAACAUUGAGCGUUUCCUCCUUGAUUUCUUUACGCAUUGUAGUAAAUGUCUUUCAAGGUUUACAAAAUGUACUUUCCUAAAUAGGUUUUAAGAGGUGAAGUCGUUAACAAGUAAUAAAAAUUAUCUAUAAAUUCGAUACGAUGAAAAAGGAACUUGUUCGAUAGAUAUGCAAAAUGUUGUUAUAAUAAAUAAUAAACUAAUUGCUCAUCUGCUCGCUUCGAUAUUUCGGCCAGAGAAGUGUUUUUAUAUUUGCAUACGUUACGUGGCGCCGAUCGUUAUUGCUCAUAGGUUUAAGGCAUGUGCGAGGUGCACGAGUGGGUAGCUACUGUGUGCGUUAACUGCCGUCCUUUUACGGGAAAAUAAAACGGGCCAUUGAACAUUCCUGCUGCAAUUAGCACGAGAUUCAAAUCAUUAAAGUACAUCGCGCGGAAUCUCCUAGUAUCACGUCGUCGUCAGGGAUUUUGAUAUUCCGAAAGAAAAGGACCGAUUACGGAUUUACAUUCCCCGAGCACACACGUUCCUAUAUCGAUGAGAGUGCGUGGAGCUUCAAGAAAAUCCACAAUGCUUUAUGCGUAGUGUCCCCCGUCCUCUCUCUGUUUCUCUCUCUCUCUCUCUAUCUCUCUCUCUCUCUCUCUCUCUCUCUCUAUCUCUCUUUAUAUAUAUACAUAUAUUGGCGCUUGCUUCUCAUGGUAAUGCACGACUAUACAAUAUUCCAUAAACGGUGAAUCGUGAAUGGACAAGGAAGCAGCUAAACGAGCUCCAACUGAAUUUUCUUCAUCGUGUCCCGCCCAGGGAAAUUAGCAUUUCAAGUGCCUUAACAGAUGUCGGCCGACAGCUAACUAAUCGAAGUCACGUACAGUUACAGACUCGAAAUUAUUACGAUAGAGUCACUGAUUCCCUCGAACGCGAAUCAUUCUUAUUUAGGAGAUCUCGGAAGCUUGAUUAAAAGUGAAAAAAAAGGAAAUACUCGGGCACUUGCAUAUGCAGCAUACAUGCACGCACACAUUACGCGACCUAAGUAAUAACUCUUCGAGAAGCGCUCGCACUUCGUUUCAACAAUAUCUCUCUACACGUUUCCGUAGCUUUAAAUGUUAUUGAACUCGGUCGUUUGAUAAUUCAGAUUUGUUUCGAAAAAAGAAAAAAGAUAGGAUUGAGAAAUAUGAUCGUGUGUAUAAUAUUUCAAUAAUAAAGGAAUUUGAUAUCAUCUAUAUAAUCACAUUUAUAUCGCAUUCCAAACAUUUCGGAAAAUUUUAUUUGAUCCAAGAGAAAGUUAAGUAUCUUGAAAAUUUAUCUUGAAAAUUUGAACAGUUCAAAAUAAGUGAAUACAUCAUUUCGGAAUGAGCCAUUAUUUUGAGUUCAUUUUAUUUUGAGUAUCAUUUUAAAUCUUCAUAACUCAUUCUUCUGGUCACACUUUUCUUCUGAUAUCGUGUACAAUUUGCACUUAAUGAGAAUAACGACAAUAUCGAGUAUGAGAUGUGUAAAAACAUGUCACUUUAAAUAUCAUGUAAUUUAUUAUUGAAGCUUAAUGAUACAUAUGAAUUAUUGAAGUUUGAAUGUACCGGUUGAAUUUCACACGCAUAUAUGUAUGCGUGAAGUACAAGAUCAAUUUUUAAUUGUAGUAUGAUUUGUGAUUCGAAAAUAUGUGAAAUUUAUUUCAUGAUAUAUAUUUAUAUUCUACUUGUAACGUUAUUUUACACUAGAAAAAUCGCAUAAGUCGCUUUUUUGAUCGACGAGCAUAUUUCAUCAUAGGAUAUAUGUAAUGAUUGAUAUGACAGUCUGUCUAUUUCUGAACGCUUUGCUUUUAUGUUUCUCAUAAAAACUUCUUUUUUGGUAGAUAUAUAUACACACAUGAGAAUUUCGCGUGUUUCGGUACGUGUUUUAGUGGACAACCACAAAAGAAAUUUUUUAUUUUUGUAUUUUGCAAGCAUUCUCUAAAAGUGAAGCAUCAUGUGACAAUUUCUGCGACAGGUCACGAUGCUUACGGUACCAUUUGUAGGUUCGAAUGCGGAUAUUCACGUGAAUUUAACGAAUGAAACUACUAGGUUUUAAGCAGCUUAGAGAAACAAUAAUUGUUGUACAUAUAGUAUGUAAAGUUCGCCGUUCAUGAUCGUCGAUAGAUGAUUGGCGGAUUAACAUGUAGCGUGAUUCUAUCUCAAUAAUAUAAUCAAUGGGGGGCCAGUAAAAAUUUUCUUUUCUCUCUCUCUCUCGGAUCUCUCGCACGGAUUUAUACAUUGCGAUGCGCGUAGCGUAGCCUGAAUUGCAAAUUUCAGUACAGCUUUGAGUCUUAAGCGUGGACUUAAUAUCGAUACAUAUCCUUACAAAAAUUUGCCAUAAAAAUUUUACUAAGCCAUAAUAAUAUUCGAAAUUCUUUAAUCUGUUUGAAUCUGACGAGAAUAUACUUGUCUUUGACAGACAUAAUAAUUUAGGAAGUUUUAUUUUUUGUGGACUUUAUUGUCUUUUAUGAUGUCGAGUAAAAGUGCAAGCUACUAAAAUUUGGAUAAAGGGCGAGAUAAUGUUACGCGCCACUAACUAUUAACUUUUAAGCGUAAUUGUAUAUGUUGCAUAGAGACAUAGAUCAAUAAUAAUAUAUUAUGAAACUGUAUAAACAAAGGCAUUAUAUUAAACUGGUAUUUUCUAUUAUACCAUGCGGCGUUUAAAGACGGUCUCUAUCACACCGUGCACAGAUAUGAUUUCGUUAGUUAAAUAAAAAGAGGAUUUAUUAUAUACGCAGAUAUAUAUAGAGAGAGAAAAAUAUAGAUAUAUAUUGUAAAUGUGGUUGUAAUCAUAUUAUACUGUUAUAUUAUCGAUGUCCUUCAUUUGGAUAAUUUAUUUAUUGCAGCGAGAGAAACUGAAGAAUGUAUAAUUAGUGUACUCCGCGGAAAGAUUAAUAGUGAAAUAUAUAGAUAUAUAUAUAUACAUUACGUACGAAAUUAUAUAUAUAUUAUAUAUAUAUUUAUAUACAAUAUUAUAUCGUAAACGCGUCCGAUGACGUUUUUGUACGAGAAAGUCCUAAAAAAUAUAUAUUCGGCCGGGGUACAACCGGGUGUGAGCGCGCAUAUUGAUUAUGAUAAUCUGCGAUUCCUACUAUGGAAGUAAAUCUUAUAUCAUAAGAUCCGGGUGGUACGGUAUCGCGGCUAACGUGAUUUAUCGAGAUAAUGCGUCGUCGAGUCGCAGUGACGUGUAAUGUAUGUACACAUGGCGUGCAAUUGCUCAUCUCCCACGUGUUAGUACACGCCACGCAUCUGUCUCGAUAACCACAUUAUCACGAAAAAAACGCGUUGAUUAUAAUAUUUUAGAUAAUACUUAUUAUCAAUAUCAUUAUUACGAUUCUUAUUAUAAUUACUAUCAUUAUUAUUAUUAUUAUUAUUAUUAUUAUUAUUAUUAUUGUAUUUGGCAGGGUUACGAUAUUAAAACCGAAAAAACUGAUGU